GUCAGCAUGAAGUUGUGUGUGUGUUUGUGUGUCGUCAGGAUGAAGUUGUGUGUGUUGUCAGCUGCAGUUGUGUGUGUGUGUGUUGUCAGCUGAAGUUGUGUGUUGUCAGCUUAAGUUGUGUGUGUGUGUGUGUGUGUUAUCAGCUGAAGUUGUGUGUUUGUGUGUCGUCAGGAUGAAGUUGUGUGUGUUUAUCAGCUGAAGUUGUGUGUUUGUGUGUCGUCAGGAUGAAGUUGUGUGUGUUUAUCAGCUGAAGUUGUGUGUUUGUGUGUCAUCAGGAUGAAGUUGCAGUGUGACGUGGAGGUUGUGAAUCGGAUGUUGCCGUCUGUGGGUCUGAAGAAUAAAGGCAAAUCCAGUCGAGCGGUUUUAUCCAUCGGGAAACAUGUGGACAAAAGUUUAUAUCUGUUAAUCUGCACGGCCAAAGAUAGAAGCGGAUCCAGAUACAAGCUGAAGGACAACAUUGAGAAGUUCUUCACAUGGUUUGUUGAAGAAGGUAAAGCAACAGUCCGACUGAAGGAACCUGCCAUUGACAUCUGUUUGAGUAAAGCCGAUAUCAACAGCUUGAAAAACUUUCUCUCCGCCGCCCGACUGGCACACAGAGGAAGUGACACGGCCUCUCUCCCGCUGUCCACCCUCACACCGGUCCGUGCCCGUGAUGUCGAGAAGCCGAAGAAGAAGCUCACCAUCUUGUCAAAGAAGGACUAUCCGCUCACUUCCUGCUUCCCGUAUUCCCUGGAACAGCUGCAGGUGUCGUACUGCCGACUGUCACGAGUGGACAUGCGUAUGCUGUCGCUCAAAGCGCUCCGUCGCUUAGAUCUGAGCAACAAUCACAUCAAGACGUUGCCGUCCACCAUCGGAGACUUGAGCUGCCUGGCUGAAUUAAUUCUUCACAGCAAUCACCUGGAGAACUUCAGUGACGCACUGUGCGUGUCGAGUCUACAGACGUCUCUUCAGCAUCUGGACUUGAGUCAGAACCGGCUGACGGUCCUGCCCGCUCGCUUCUGUCAGCUGCGCGAGCUGGUCAACCUUAAACUAGACGAAAACAAACUCCUGCAGCUGCCAUUCCACAUCGGGCGGCUCGCAAAGAUGCGUUUCCUGUCCGCCGCUCAUAACCAGCUCACUCUACUUCCUGCGGACUUCAGGAAGCUGAGUCUGGAAAACUUGGAUCUGUUUGGGAACCCGUUCACUCAAGCCAACGCUCUUGACCACACGAUACACCUGACGUUCCCUCUGACGCUACAGGAGUUAACGUCCCGCGCUGUGCUCGACCUCAGAAUCCCGUAUGGUCCUCGUGUCAUCCCCUUCCACUUGUGCGAUGAGCUGCAGUUCUCUAAAGUGUGUGAUUGUGGCCGUGCGAGUCUGAAGUCGUACAUCCGGACGGCCGUCAGUAUGAAUCUGCACCUGGUGUCUCACACCGUUGUGUUAGUGGACAACAUGGGCGGCACAGAAGCUCCAGUGCAGCGAUAUUUCUGCUCGCUCACGUGUUACUGCGAGUUCAUGGACAUCUGCGUGCAGCGUGGACUGAGAUGACGCGGGCGUGUUGAUGAAUGUUUAAUAGUGUGACUGUAAAUCCACCCGAUCGACGGUUACAGAUCUCAGAUUUACAGCACAGCGAAUGACGGCGUGUGUUUUCAGUGUUUGUCCUCUUUUUACUUAAAGUUGAAUUGCAAAGACCUUCAGUUCCCUCGAUCCCUACAGAUGUUUUACAGAAACAAAUU